UCAGCUACAGUUGAAGGUGUACAAGAACUGACCUCAGAUCAGCUACAGUUGAAGGUCUACAGGAACUGACCUCAGAUCAGCUGCAGGUGGAGGUCUACAGGAACUGACCUCAGAUCAGCUGCAGGUGGAGGUCUACAGGAACUGACCUCAGAUCAGCUACAGUUGAAGGUCUACAGGAACUGACCUCAGAUCAGCUACAGUUGAAGGUCUACAGGAACUGACCUCAGAUCAGCUGCAGGUGGAGGUCUACAGGAACUGACCUCAGAUCAGCUGCAGGUGGAGGUCUUACAGACUGAGACCACACGGGGGCAGCACAGUGUCAUAAUGCUCUCCAAACAAACUCAGUCUUCACACGUGAAAACCAGGACAAUCACUGAUUUUUAAAGAUGCGACAGAGUUUCCAGUGUUUGGUUCUGCUACAGUGUCUUUGUCCCACAGUUUGGAAUAAAGACGCUGGUUUAUCUGAAGAUCCACCGACGAUAGGCCACAUGUCCAACGUCUCUGUCUCUGUGUCUGUCUCCAACACUGCGGGGGACAAAGGUUCUCCCCACAAUUAUCCUGGCAGAGAGGAGCUAGGACAGAGAGAGGAGGAGCGAGGACAGAGUUAGGAGGAGCGAGCGAUGAAGAAGACAUUUAAAAGGAGGUGAUGGAGGUUUUCAGCACCAGAUGCAGCUGUUUAUUUUUCACACACCUGAGGAAUCUGUUUUCUGCCAUGGUGACCUUGUGAGGAUGUCAGAGGUCAAAGGUCGCUCAGGUGCUGCUGCCAUGAUGCGCUCGUGCUUCUUCUUCCUGAUGAUGAUGAUGACGAGUAACAUGGCUUCAGCUCAGUUUAAUGGAUUUAACUGUGACGCUGGUUUUCACAGCAGAUUUCCUGGUGAGCGUGACAUCAGUGUGUACUGUGGCGUUCAGACCAUCACCAUAAAGAUUAACUUCUGCCCGGUGAUUUUCUCUGGUUACACUGUGGCAGAUUUGGCUCUGAACAGUUUCCACGGCGACGCUCAGUGUCGAGGCUUCGUCAACAACAACACGUUUCCCACCGCUGUUGUUUUCAGCAUCAGCCUCAGUUCACUGGAGGCUUGUGGUAACAGUCUGCUGGUGAGUACAGUGUAUGGACCAAACGUGUACGGGAACAUGUCUGUGGUGCAGACUGGAAAUGUGUCAGGUUACAUUGACACUCCUGACCCUCCUGACAUCAUCAGUUAUCUGCCCAGUCUGCUGUAUAAGUUCAGCUGCACGUAUCCUCUGGAGUAUCUGGUCAAUAACUCACAGCUGGCAUCCUCGUCUUCAGCUGUAACCAUCAAGGACAACAAUGGUACCUUUGAGAGCACGCUCAGUAUGCUCCUGUAUAACGACUCGACGUACAGUCAUCCUCUGUCUAUUCCAGCGUCGGGACUCGCUCUGAAAACACGAGUGUUUGCUGCAGUCAAAGCAACAAACUUAGACAAAAGGUGGAACAUCUUGAUGGACGACUGUUACGCGACGCCCUCGGGGAAUCCUAAUGACCAACUCCGCUACGAGCUUUUCUUCGGCUGCUACAAAGACCCUCAGACGAUCGUGUUUGAGAACGGCAGGAGUCAGAUGGGACGUUUCUCCUUGGAGGUUUUCCGUUUCAUCAAACACCGACAUCAGAAACUGUCCACGGUGUUUUUACACUGCGUCACCAAACUGUGUCGAGCCGACGACUGCGUCACGCUGAUGCCAAUAUGUAUGCGACGACGCCGACGUCAGCGGGAAGAUGACAAGAGUCCAGAUUAUCCUGCAGCAGCAGCAGCGUCAAAUAACGCCGUCAUCACUGCUGGACCCAUCGUCACCAGGAGUGAUGAAACUUCUGUCUACAACUCUCAGCUCGUGUCUGCAGACUCCGCCCACUCACUGAAACCAGUGACCAGCGCUCUAAUCUCAGGUGUGGUCAUUCUGGGCGGAGUCAGCGUGACCUUCUUCCUGCUGUCACUCCACCUCCUGCACAAGUCCCGCCUCCCAGCGAGCUCUGCCUCAGGUGUUUGGAACGACAGCUUGACAUGAACAUGGAUCAUGAACCAAAGGUCAAAGUUCUGUCUGAGAUUUACUGACAUUAAACGUGUUUGUAUGAUUUUU